ACAUCCACAACUCCUAAUCUGCGCUCAAUUGAGCUCUGGCUCUAAUUUGGGACACAAAAUGAGUGUCUGGCGACCUGCAAGAUGUCUUUUCUCAAGGUCCACCACCCUCCCUAAGCCCUCGGCUUCAACAUCUGCAUCGCACCAACCCCGACCCUUCCAUUCAAGCUGUCCCCGACCUGCGCGACGCCGGCCGCACUACCCUAGCAUAAAAGCCUCUGACCUCCAACUUCUCAAUCAGGCUGCUUCAGAAUCCUACCCCAAAUACAACACCGACGAAACAGCGCUUCUCCGAAAAAGAUAUACCCCGGCACAAAUCGCUGCUAUCAAAGCCGCAGAAGCCGCCAUCGAUCCACGAGACCUACUAACCCAAGGUCAGCAACGUACGGAUCCCUGGAGACUGCCGUACGAGGAUGAUCUGGCGGAUGUGGACCCCGUAACAGAUCACGCCGACAAACUCCCACCAUCAGCUAUCGUUGGCAAAAAGGACUUUCGGCUCGCUAACGCUGUGGAACGUGAUGAAGCUAUGAGUCGUAUUGCCAACGAGAAUCUGGCCAAAAUGUAUCCAGACGGUGUUCCAGAUGGGCAACUAAGCCGCAAAGAUCAGGAGAAGUUGGAAGAGAACAUGGAGGCUGCGUUCACGCAAGCGGCGAUGGAUCCACGGGCUGUAUAUACGGGUAGCAAUCCACGGGCUCUCGAGGCAUUGGCAGAUCCACGACACUCAGUGAUCUUGCCAGACCUACCAAGGAUAGAGAACAGGAUGGCGAGACAGACGAGGAGGUUAGCUGAUGAGGAAGAAGAGGACCCGAGGCAGAAACGGCUGUUGAAGUAUCUAGAUUGGGACAAGGACAAAUUGCGCUCGAUACGCGUGAAGACGUUGAUUGUGCAUGGCGUCACGAAUCAAACGCGCAUGGGCAAAAUUAGGUCGUUGUACUAUCUCACGAUUGCUGGAAAUGGGAAUGGUUUACUGGGUGUUGGAGAAGGAAAGUCUGUGGAACCUGAAGAGGGUAGGAAACAGAGCGUCAUGGCAGCCAUCAGGAACCUUCGACCGGUGCCUAGAUACGAAAACAGGACGAUAUAUGGAGACCUAGAGAAGAAAGUAGCAGCCACGAAAGUGCAAUUGUUUGCAAGACCGCCUGGCUUUGGUCUCCGCGUCCAGCAUCUCAUCUUCGAAAUGGCUCGCGCCGCUGGAUUACAGGACCUCGCUGCCCGCACCCCGCGCUCCCGAAACAAGAUGAACGUCAUCAAGGCUACAUGGGAGGCACUAUGCAGCCAAAAGCUACCUGACGAGAUUGCGAGAGCGAGGGGGAAGAAGCUUGUGGACGUGAGGAAAGUGUAUUAUGGUGGAAGUGUACAUUAGACGUCGCUUGGCAGAGAUGAUAUUAUGUCAGAUAUAUCGUGCAGUUGGAGGGAUGUACCUUGUAUAGUUACCAUCAUGAUGAGGAUAUGAGCGAGCAUUGCUCAAACAUGUAGUAUAUUUCUGCCGACCAUAGACUCACGAAUCCC